GGGCAACAACAACAACAACAACAACAACAACAACAACAACAACAACGACAAUACGAUCGUCCUGGCGGGUGCCGGUCCCCAGGAGGUCGUGAUGAAAGCCAAGAGUCGAGACGCGGCGAAGAAUCGCCGGGAGAAGGAGAACCAGGAAUUUUGCGAGCUCGCCAAGCUCCUGCCCCUGCCGGCGGCUAUAACCUCCCAACUCGACAAGGCCAGCGUCAUCCGGCUCACCACCAGUUACCUCAAGCUCAGAAAUCUCUUCCCCGACGGUCUUGGAGACGAAUGGGGUGCGGCGCCGCCGUUAAACCAUCCUGGAGAAACAACAAUCAAAGAAUUGGGCUCACAUUUAUUUCAAACGUUGGACGGAUUUAUCUUUGUUGUGGCGCCUGACGGGAAAAUAAUGUACAUCAGUGAAACGGCCAGCGUACUUCUCGGACUGUCCCAGGUCGAGCUCACGGGCAACAGCAUUUACGAGUACAUCCACCAGUACGACCACGAGGAGAUGGCCUCGGUACUGAGCGGCUCCUGUCUGCCGAGCGGUGCACUUCCACCGCCCAAUUCCCACGGUGACAUCGAGAUCGAGCGUGCCUUCUUUCUCAGGAUGAAGUGCGUGCUCGCGAAGAGGAACGCCGGUCUCACCUCGGCUGGCUUCAAGGUGAUCCACUGUUCCGGCUACCUGAAGCUGAAGCACGUGACUGUGCCGGGAGGCACCGGCUCCGAAUACGACAAAUCCGCCGGCUACGAGCUCCACAACGUCGGCCUCGUCGCGGUUGGCUACUCGAUGCCGCCGAGCGCCAACACGGAAAUCAAGCUGCAUCACAACAUGUUCAUGUUCCGGGCCUCCCUCGACCUCAAGCUCAUAUUCCUCGACGCCAGUGUUCCACAAUUGACUGGCUACGAACCACAGGAACUGAUAGACAAAACGCUUUAUCAUUACGUUCACGUUAGCGAUGCUGUGCACUUGCAGCAGGCACAUCAAAUUUUGUUAUGCAAGGGUCAAGUGACAACGCGCUACUAUAGGUUUCUGACGCGCACAGGCGGUUGGGUUUGGAUGCAGUCGUACGCAACGAUCGUUCACAACUCCCGCAGCUCCCGACCCCACUGCAUCGUCUCCGUCAACUAUGUACUUUCCCAAAUCGAAGCCAAGGAUCUCGUGCUGAGCUCCGACCAGAAGGCCUCCAUCGCCUGCUCGGGCAAUCCGCCCAGCACACCCCUAUCCAAAGCGUCGCUCGCCACGGUCGUCGCCAACGCCAGUAUCUCCGACAUGCAGGAGUCGAAACAGCAGCAACAGCAGCAACAGCAACAUCAGCAUACCAGUCCAACAUCACCGUAUCGGACGAGAACGACCACGGAAACGACUGCUGACUCGGAGUACACAGACAGCUCUGGUUACGUUAGCUCGGAAUACAUGACCAAUCACGGGGGUUACGGCAUCCCGCCAAGUGCCACCUUCCCGACUCAAGGUGCUUCCGGAGUACCACACGAAGACGGCACUUAUUAUACUCCUGAUAUGUUCUACCAAUACGGUGGUACUCCUCACGAUCACCUAACAACCGUCCAACCGCAACAGCAGGCACAGCAACAACAGUCGCAGCAGCAUCCCCACCUCAUGCACCACGUACCAAGUCCAAUGACGAAUAUUCAGCACAGUCCUCAGAACCAACAGCAGCGGAGGCCGUACUCGGCAUCCUCGAGCUCCUGCGGGAGUUCCGAUGCCUCGGACACUCAUCUCUCGAGCCCGCUCAAUGUUAACCACGUGAUCGAGGCGCCGCGCAGCAUCGGCAACAACUUCCCCGCGUACCCGCACACCCCUCAGCACCACCAGCACCAGCUGAUGGAGUCACCGCCGAGCGUAGCGAGCAUCGACGCCAGCGCGGCCAUGUUCCCCAGCUGCGGGUUUAACAAUUUCCUCAGUGGUUACGCUGCCACCCCCGCGACUCCCGGCAAUCCCGUGAUCCCGGGUCACCACGAGCAAGCCUACACCUCUCCCCAUCACCACGUCAUCCACGAGAACGUUAGGCAUCACCACCACCAUCACCUUCACGUCGACAGUGGGGUCGAGCACAUAGACAUACCUCUUUACACCAAUACCCAGCAGUACAGCCCCAAUUCCGUCCAACCGCAUCAUCAGUUUGUUCACUGACAGCAGGCCAGUUGCUACGACGUCGCUCAGACGCCGCAGCCGGAAAUUACAGACGAGCGGGGGGUGUUCAAGAGACUCAGGGUAUUUUGAACAUCAUUGGCGACUACUAUAAUGGCAAAGAGGCUUUUCACUGGCUCGCGUGCAUUGUCAACAAUUCCAAGUCUAUUGGUUAAUUAGUAGCGAGCCGAGAGGGUCGCAAUAGACA